AUGGCGUCUGCAAGCCCUAAGGAGGAGGAGGAGGAGGGUGGAUCAGCAGCAAUUAAAGAGGAUGAGGAAAAGAAAAUCGCGAGCUUCCUGGAGGAGAUUAAACAUUUGACAAUAUUGACCUCUAUGUUGGAACCCAAUUGGAAUUAUAGGUACUCCAGCAUUGGGAUGGGCUGGAUCAGAAGUAGGAGCAGGAUGAAAUUGAGAGGGAUAGAUCUUGGGGAUGUGCGACAUUAUAGUGAUGCAGAGCUCUGUGACUUUACUAAUGGAUACAGUGACGACAACAUAUUCCGUCUUGCUCGUAAUGGCCGAUUGUUUAAGGCCAGGGUGUCGGCUAUGCCAAGGGACGGGACGGGUGGGGUGCCGAGGGAAUAUUUUAGUAAGUAUUCCCCAGCAGCAUUGACGAGGUCGGUAUCGGGCAGGGAUGAUGCGAGGGUAUUUUGGGAAUUGAAAUAG